AUGCUUAAACCGAAAACAAGCAACCCAAAUAGUAUUACAUCAAUUAAUUUAGACAAGAUUACUGGAUGCAAGGUUGAAAGUUAAAUAAAACCUAAGAUGACUGUUAAUGAAACAAGACAAUUAGGACAUACAGAAUCUGAUUAAUAAGAUUUCCUAAUGGCAAGCAAAUUAAACCCUAGUCAAAUAGUUACACCAAACAAAAUAAAAAAGAAGAAAAAGAAAAAAUCUAAGAAAUCUUCUUAGAAAUCUAAAACUGAAAUACAAAAAAGUGGAUUUAGGACUAAAAAGUCUAUUUCACAAGUAUUUCCAUGGGGAGUUAAUCAGCAAAGACUACGGAAUUACAUUUUAUCUGAAUAAGAGAAAUAUUAUAAUGCUAUGUAACGUCGAAAUACAAGAACAACUGUUGACCUCAAAGAUAGGAGAUAAUAAAUUGGUACAUCCUUUUUAAACCAAUUUGCAGAAAAGAAUCUUAAAUCAAUAAUUAAAAAGAAAAAGUCCAUUCACGAUGAGAAUCAACCUAAAUAAAAAUAAAAAAUAUCAACUACCUUGCAAAACUAGUAUAAAUAACUUCUAAAGAAACCUAAAAAUUUGAAUUUUCUACCUAAUCGACUGAAAAUAAGUUCUAUUCAUUACCCUAGUCCUGCUUAAAAAAUAUAGAAGAGAAAUAGAAGUCUUUCGUAAGGUUAGCAUAAUAAAUAGAUUCUAAACAAUAGGAUUAGAACAGGAUCUCUUCAUGAAAAGACUGGAACCUUAUUUGAAGCGACAACCUAAAAAUUAAAAUUUAAGAAACCAGAGAAACAAAAAAAAAUAGUUAUAUAAUAUUAGAAUAUAGAAGAGAAUUUUCUAAAUAAUAAUAAAAAAGGUCUCAAUUAAUAAAAAAAUGAAUCAAAACCGCAUUCAUCUUUAUACAAACUUAUGAGUAAUUCGAGCAGCAAUAAUAUGCCUAAUGAUAGUGAUAGAUAAUAGAAUAAUUAAGAGUUAGAUGAUAGUUUUUACAGUUAAAAAAACAUUCAUGAUGUUCAUUCUGAAGAAUAAAAUGAAGCUAAAAAAAUUAAAGGGACAAAUUAUUUUUAAAUGAGAAAAUGCUCAAUUCCUGAAAUCGAUAAAGAAGGAAAUUACUUCAAAAAAGAUAAUUAUUAGAAGAUGGCUUUGGUUUAGAGUGAUUUUUCUGUCGAGAAUUAGGCUGCUUUAAUCAUUUAAAAAGUUUGGAGAGGAUAUAAAAUCAGACAAAUUCAAUUAAAAUCUAAAUUCUAAGGCAAGAAAGAUAUUCAUAAAAUUAAGGAUGGAUUAAAUUUAAAAAGUUUAACCAAAUCGCAAAUAAAUAAAUUAAUCAAAUUUGGAUUUCUGAAAAAAGAUUCAAUUGAUAACUCUCAACUUGUUGAUGAAUCUAGCAUUUUAAGUCAUUCAAGACCUAAUUCUUAAAUGGAUAAUCAAAAAGAAACAAAAAAGUAGAUAGAAUCUAAUUAAUAUUAAAAGUUUAUAGAAAAUUUUUAAGAUGAUAUUGAAUAUAAACCUGGCUUGCUUAACUAAUAGAAUUAAGUUUAAAAUAAAUUUAAAGAUAUUUAGUUGCAAAUAAUAUCUGAGCAUACUCCUGAAAAAAUAAAAAAAACAUUUUAGAAUUCUCAAGAUGAACAAAUCCAAUCCUUUGGUAAUUAAAAAUCAAAAAAAAUUAGUAAAUUAUCAAUUGAUGUUGAAGAAUAAGAGGAAGAAAAUAAAGUUGAUAUCGGAGAAAUCAGAUGCGCUUUCGGUUCAGAAUCAUUAUUAAAAAGUCUUUCAUAAGAAGGGGAAUAAUCAAUCUAAUAAGAUAAAGGAUUGUUUGAAUAGACUUCAUUUUAAGAUUUUGUAAUGAAUAAAUUUAAAGAGCUUAUGCAGAGAGACAAGAUGGAUUAAUUAAUUGCUUUAAGAGAAGAAGCAGUUUAGUAAAGACAACAAUAAUCAUUAAAAUAGAUUGACAAGGCCUUUUAGAAUAAUCAAAUAUCUCCUAGAACAUUCGAAUUUCAAUAAAGAAAAUUAGAAAAGUGGGUUAAUAAAUAAAAAACAGAUUUAGAAUAGAAAAAGCGAGAAAUUUUAAGAGGAUAAUAAAGUGUAUUUGAUGCUAUAGUGAAAACAUAAAGAGACUUGCAAUUUGUUAAAUAAAUGCUUUCAUCAUAAAACUCAUAAACUUACAUAAAAAUAGUAGAUUCUUUAAGUUAGGAAUCUGCCAAUUAUUCUGAAAAUAGUCUAAAAAGUUCAAUUAUAGAUAUCUAAAUAUCCAAUUCUUAAAUGUUAUAAUAUUAGCAAGAUGAGAAAAAUAAGGCUUACGAAGAUGUAGUAACAAUUUAGAGAAAAAGCAAUAACAUAUUAGAAGAAAAGGAAUUAGUUUGCCCAGAGCCUUUUAACUUAAAAAAGUUAGCCUAAUCUUAAUUUGUUAGAAAUGUUGAACAGUUAAAAGAACCAUAGAAGAUAUCUGAGAAAUGUGCUGAUUCAUACUCUAUUCUGAUUUCAAAUAUGCUGAUAUAAGAGGAAGUAAAUUAGUUUUAUACGGAAAUGUUAAGAAAUGGCAUUGAUUUAUAUGAGAUAAUCAGCAAUUCCUAAUUAAAUCGUAGAGCAUAGAUUGCUUAACCAAAAGAAUAAUAGAUGCAAGGACUUAAAACAAAUGUAGCAUAAAUUAAAGCGUAUCUCAAAUACUUAGAAGAGUACUUGAUAGAUAAUGUUAUGAUUUAAAUCUAGAGAGUAAUAAAUAUACCAUUGGGUCCAUCAUCUUAAAUAAUGCUUAAGUUUCUUUAGCCAAUUCGAGACUCAGCUGAGUCGGAUUACGAUUCAAAUGGAGCAUAGCAUUAAAUCAUUCUUAGCGUAGAGUAGUUUGGCAAAUUUGAAAGAUUUUUAAUGGAAUAAAGAAUAAUCAACCAUCAAAAUAAACUAUUAAUUGAAUUAGAGCAUAUUCAUAAUAAAGCAAUCUUUGAUUCCUUAAAUGAAGCACUCGAUUAAUUUAGACCAUAUGGUUUGAAUGGAUAACCAUUUUUAUGGAAAUCUGAUCCAACCAGAUUGAGAGCAAGGGAAGUUCAAUUGACCGAUAUUCCUGGAAUCAUUCGUAAAGCUUCAGAAAAAGUCAUUGAUUGGAGUCAUUAUAUGACAGGGAUCUUAAUUGAUAAAGAGGAUUCGCCAUUUCCAAAAUCAAUGCAAUUAGACCAAGAAACCGUAGCAUAGAUAAGGGAGGAUAGGCUGUAUAGAAUGUUAACUUUAGAUAUAAUUGAUAAUGAAGAUAGAUGGACAAAUUAUGAUGAAGAAACUACUGAAAUCUCUAUUGAUUUAUCAGAUCUGUUAUUUGAUUAUUUAGUUGAGGAAGUAGCAUUUGAGAUGUAUAAAAAAUGA